AUGGAGAUAUUGGUGGAUGUAUGUGGGCAGCAUGAAGUGUAUUUGGAGGCUUUUAGUGUUGGGUCAUGUGACAAUCAUGGGAUGAUAGUAACUUCACCCUCCCCGCCGCCGCGCCCAUCCCCACCCUCUCCAACCACCUCCCCCGCCGUAAAACUCCCGACUGUCGAACUCGCUCUCGCCAUCUCCAUCUUCAUCGCCAUCCACUCUCUCCGGCAGCGCCGUCGCCAUGGCCUCGCCACGUGGCCACUCCUCGGCAUGCUCCCUUCUCUCGUCCUCGGACUCCGCCGCAACAUAUACGAGCUGAUCACCAGCGUUCUGGUGGACCGCGGAGGAACCUUCACUUUCCGUGGUCCAUGGCUGACGAACCUCCACUGCGUCAUCACCGCUGAUCCGAGAAAUCUGGAGCAUCUUCUAAAGUCCAAGUUUUUGAGUUUUCCCAAAGGAGCUUACUUUGCGGAGGCCGUACGGGAUCUUCUCGGUGGCGGAAUAUUCGCAGCCGAUGAUGAGACGUGGCGGCGGCAGAGAAAGACAGCGAGCCUCGCGUUUCACUCGUCGGAGUUUAGGGCCAUGACGGCGAGGUCUUUGGUUGAGCUCGUGCAUCACCGGCUGCUGCCGGUGAUCGAGUUCGCUGUCACCGGAGAUGCCGUUGUUGAUCUUCAGGAUGUGUUGCUCCGGCUAACCUUUGACAACGUAUGCAUGAUCGCCUUUGGCAUCGACCCGGGAUGCCUCCGGCAAGGCUUGCCGGACAUACAAUUUGCGACGGCUUUCGAGGAGGCGACCGAGGGGACGGUGCAACGAUUCGUGAUGCCGACGACGGUCUGGAAGGCGAUGAGAACGCUCGAUAUCGGGAGUGAGAGGAGGCUGAGGAGGUCGAUCAUGACGGUCGACGCGUUCGCUUACGACGUGAUAAGAAAGAGGAGAGAGGAGAUGAAGUCGACGGUGGCGGGGAGAUCAGAUCUGUUGACGGCGUUUAUGAAGGAGAAGGACGAGGAAGGAGGGAGGCAUUCGGAUGAGUUUUUAAGGGAUGUGUGUGUGAACUUUAUAUUGGCGGGGAGGGACACGUCGUCGGUGGCGCUGACUUGGUUAUUUUGGUUGUUGGAGAGGAAUGGGAGGGUGGAGGAGAAGAUAGUGGAGGAGGUGAAGGGGAUAGUGAAGGAGAGAGGGGAAGAGGAGAAGGUUAGUGGUGGUUGGUCUGAAGUGGUUUUCCGGCCGGAGGAGGUGAAGAAGAUGGAGUAUUUGCAAGCAGCGAUAUCGGAGGCACUCCGGUUAUAUCCAUCCGUCCCUAUUGACCACAAGGAGGUGAUUAAAGAUGAGAUUUUUCCCGACGGAACAGCGCUGAAGAAAGGAACGAAGGUGAUAUACUCAAUCUACAGCAUGGGAAGAAUGGAGAGCAUAUGGGGAAAAGAUUGCAGAGAAUACAAACCAGAACGAUGGCUGAGAGACGACGGGCGUUUCAUGAGCGAAUCAGCGUACAAAUUCGUCGCCUUUAAUGGCGGACCCAGGCUUUGUUUGGGUAAAGACUUCGCUUACUAUCAGAUGAAGUUCGUCGCAGCCAGUCUUCUUCUUCACUAUCAUGUCACUGUCGUUAAAGGCCAUCCUGUUCUCCCUAAGUUAGCCCUCACCAUGUACAUGAAGCAUGGCCUCAAGGUUAAACUCACGAGGCGACAUGAUUGAGCUUAAUAAUAAUGAUAUAUGUAUGUGUAUGUUAGAUAUAGUGUGCAGGGUAAUUCUUUCGAUUUCCUAGCUUGACUAUUUAAUUUGUAUUUCAUUUGUUUUUCAGAAGAGAUAUCGAUUGUUAUUUGUUGUAUUGAAUGCUGAGGAUUAUGUGAAGUAAAAAACAUGUUUUUAUUAUAAUUUAGCUAUAAUUA